AUGGAGAGUGUCAAGAAUGGUGUCUUAAUGAGACUUCCAACUGGUUUUAAGUUCGAACCGACCAAUGAAGAGCUCAUUCUUCAUUACCUGCGCAAUAAGGUCAUGUCCCACCCAUUGCCCUCUCUCAUUAUACCUGAAUUCGAAAUCUGUAAAUCGGAUCCAUGGGAUUUGCCAGGUGAUUCUGAGAAAGAGAAAUACUUCUUCAGCGUCAAUGAAGCCAUUUACCCAAAUGGGGACAUCCCCAGCCGCUCCUUCGGCUACUGGAAGGCCACCGGAAUCGACAGACAAAUCGUGGCUUCAGAGGGAAAUGAAGUAAUUCUGGGUAUGAUGAAAAUCUUUGUCUAUUACAGAGGCAUGUUUCCAAACGGUUUCGAGACCGAUUGGUUCAUGCACCAGUAUCGCAUGCCUGCGCCUUCCGCCGCCGCUGACGGUUCAGCCGUCAAUCCCAAGAAAAAGAUCAAACUUUCCAAGAGCUCGGACAAUGCUGCGGCCGCCAUGAACAAGAACUGGGUUCUGAGCAAGAUUUAUCGAAAGAAGGAGGCGAAGAUGCGGUUCUUCUACGAUCUGACCGUUGAUCCUUCUUCUUCUUUUUCAUCUUCUUCUUCUUCUUCUUCUUCCGAUUCAAGUGAGAUUACAGUGGAAAGCCCUCUUACCCAUGAACCAGAUCAUCAAGAGGAAAGCAGCAGCAGCAGCAGCAAUAAACCUUAG